GCCCCUGCUGAUGAGAGUGCAGUCUCUGCUGGCAGAUAGGAUUGUGUUUCUGAGGGGUGACUGCAGCACUGUCACUAUGGACCAAGCAAGUUCUGUUCCUUGGCUGCUGCUUCUCCUGCUGGGUGCUGUAAACCAGGUCACUGCAGCUGUGAGGGAACAUUAUGUAGCUGCAGUAAUCGCUAACUGGAAUUACAGAAGCCACAAUAACUACAGUUCAGAUGCGCUUUUCAAGAAGAUGAUGUACAGAGAAUAUGAAGCAGGUUUUAAAGUACCAAAACCAUUUUCUGAGGUUUCAGGCAUUAUGGGCCCAACAUUGCGUGCAGAAGUGGGAGACACAAUUAAAGUACAUUUUAAAAACAUGGCGGAUAAACCGCUAACCAUUCAUCCACAAGGCAUUACAUAUGGAAAAAUGUCAGAAGGUUCAAAUUAUAAAGACAAUACCAUGGAUUUUGAGAAGAAUGACUCUGUUCCGCCAGGGCAGGUCUACACCUAUGUAUGGGAAAUCACUGAAGACGUUGGACCCAAAGAAGCUGAUCCAUUCUGUCUUACAUAUACUUAUUACUCUCAUGAAAACAUGGUUCAAGACAUUAACUCUGGUCUGAUAGGCCCAUUGCUUAUAUGUAAAAAAGGAAGUUUAAAUGAUUAUGGUAAACAAAAGCACUUUGACAGAGAAUAUGUGCUGAUGUUUGCCAUGUUUGAUGAAAGCAAAAGCUGGAAGAGAGAGUCUAUGUCAAAACAGCAAGACUUACUCAUGUAUACAAUAAAUGGCUACACCAAUGGGACCAUGCCAGAAAUUGAAGCUUGUACUGGUGACUCCAUUAGUUGGCAUUUUAUAGGGAUAAGCACCAGACCAGAACUGUAUUCUGUUCAUAUCUUUGGCCAGACAAUGGAACAAAACCAGCAUAAAGUCUCAGUUGUUAGCCUUGUGGGAGGGCAAUCCACAUCAGCAAACACAACGGUAACUCAGCCCGGCAAAUGGUUAAUAACCUCUCUAGUUGAGAAACAUGUUCAAGCUGGUAUGCAUAGUUAUAUCAAUGUGCAGUCCUGUGGUGACCAGUAUGCCUCAGUCCGUAAAUAUUCACUUUACCAGAAAAGAUAUAUACAAAACUGGGAAUAUUACAUAGCAGCCGAAGAAGUUCUAUGGGAUUAUGCUGCAAAUGUGGAAAAUAAAGACCGGGUGCACUGCCAACAAAAGUACAAAAAGGCUGUUUAUAAACAAUAUUCUGAUAACACCUUCACAAAGCAACUGAAUAGUCCCUUUGAAGCUGGACUGCUUGGACCUGUAAUUCGAGCUCAAGUCAGGGACACCAUUACGGUUGUAUUUAAAAAUAAGGCAAGCCAACCGUACAGCAUAUACCCCCAUGGUGUGUCAAUACAAAAGGACUAUGAAGGUGCAAGCUACCCUCCAGACAUGAAAGGAAACAGUACACAAAAUCAGGCUGUCAUGCCAGGGGAAACAGUAACCUAUUACUGGAAUAUUCUUGAAACGGAUGAACCUACAAAGAAUGAUCCUCAGUGUCUAACAAGAAUGUAUCACAGUGCUGUCAAUAUGACAAAGGAUAUUGCAUCUGGCUUAAUAGGCCCACUUCUCAUUUGCAAAUCAAAAUCCCUUAAUACAAGAGGUGUGCAGAAAAAGGCUGAUCUGGAACAGAUUGCCACGUUUAUUGUAUUUGAUGAGGAAAAAAGCUGGUACCAGGAAGAAAAUAAAGAAAAGUUCUGUAAUAUGAUGACUAACAAUGACAAUAUAUAUUCAUACAAUUCUAAUAUCAUACACACAAUUAAUGGAUAUACUCACAGGAACGAACGGCUGGGAUUUUGUCAUGAUCAUGUUGUUCAAUGGCAUGUUUCUAGUGUAGGAAUCCAGGAUGAAAUCAUUGGGGUCCAUCUAAGUGGGCAUUCGUUCAAAUACAAUGGAAGAAGUGAGGAUGUGGUGACUCUUUUUCCUAUGGCUGGUGAAAGUAUUUCUGUAGAAAUGGAUAAUGUAGGGGAUUGGCUAUUUGGAACACUGCUAUUCUCUAAGAAAAACCAAGGCAUGAAAUUUAUAUUUGGGGAUGCCAAAUGUGUUCUCGAUGAUGAGGAAUAUGAUGAGGUCUUUUUAUUUGACGAAUUUGAAAACAAUGGAGAAAAAAAUACACCUACAGAGAAACCUAAAGCUUUUGAUGAAGAUACAAUAAACACAGAAGACAUAGACUACACAGACUAUAUAGCUCUAAAAUAUGAUAUUCGGUCCCGUCAAAACAAUACAGGUAAUGAAGAUAUGGAACAGCUGAAUUUAACUGCAUUAGCUAUAGAAAACUCACACAGUGAGCAUUUUCAACAUGUCUCUAAUGUUUCUAAUACUGCUGUGGAAAACACAAGGGUGAAUUUGUCUAAGAUUGAUAAUUUAUCAAAAGAUUCUGAUUACUACUCUGAAGAAGAAACAGAUAUUGAUGAAGUUGUCAUAUCACCAAUUACAAACUUAAAUAUAACAGCUAGUGACAUAAAAAGAAAAUUUCAUAGCGCAGAUCAUUUGUUAGAAAAUGUCACUGAGCAGUUUGCUGAACAACCAGAACAUCCUGUAAAUGUUGAAGAAUUUAAUAGUACAGAAGAACCUCCUAAGUAUUUAAGUAGGACUGAAAUAUACAACAGCACAGAUCUGGAAUCUGAUCACCUUUUUGUUACACUUGUUGAUGAUAUCAAUGAUUUAAAUACAUCCCGAACAAAUCGAACUUACGCCAUGGAAGAUAUAAAAGAAAUAAAUGACUCUGUAAUACCAGUAAAUAUUUCAGAAAAUGCACAAAUUAGGAAUGUUGCGAAAAGAGAUGUUAAGAGUGUAAUAGAAAACUCAAGCAAUGCUCUGCUAAACAUAAAUUAUGUUUUGGAAAAUGUUAGCUCUUCGACUAACAUUGAUGACAACAAAAACUUAUUUCAGACACCUGAAAAUGUGACGUUGUUACCAGAAUCAAUGAUUGAUACAAGAAAGGAGCCAAAUGGGACACUGCAACCAUUUACAACGAGCAUUUCACCUACUAUUUCAAGUACUUACAUGGAAAAUGAAACACAAAGUGCAGUAACCCAACCAAAUGUGUCUGACUCUACAAACAAUAACAUAGAAGAGGAUUAUGAGGAUAUCGAAUUUAAAGAAAUCUUAGGCUCUCAGAUAUUAGAAGAUAUAAUGAAUGCCAUAUUUCACCAGAAAAAUAGUAAUGAAACUGACAACAAGGAGGACCAGCGUUCUGAACCUGAAGAAAAAUACAUUCAAAACCUGACGCAAGUAAAAGAUUCUACUAAAUUAAAUAAUUCAUCUAAAAAACAUAAACGAGUAAAAAUAAAACCUGUAGGAAAUACAACUUUAAGUACAGGAAAGCAGGCCUUAAUCCGAAGAAAAAAAAGAGUAGGAAAUAUAGACGAAAAAAGUGCUACAUAUCAGAAAGAUGUUCCUGCGUUAAAUGGAUCUAAUGAAACGUAUUCAACAUUUGCCACAUCCAACAACAAGUCAGUGGAAAAAGAUGUUGGCAAAACAGUGUUUUCCCCUAGAGGAUUUAAGCCACAAAUAAUAAUUGGGGUACCAAAAUUAUCAGAAGGUGAUUACAUGGAGUAUGAUUCUUCAUUAACAGCAGAACCAGAUAACGAUGCUAGCUAUGAAUAUGUUGAAUUUGAAGCACCUUACCAAGUGCAUUCAGAAGACGAUAUAUUGCGUUACACGAAUCCGGAAAAAAUUGCAGAACAUUAUCUACGUAGCUCAAAGGGCAAGAAGAGAAAUUAUUACAUUACAGCGGAAGAGGUGCAAUGGGAUUAUUACGGAAAUAAAAAAAGUUCAUUAACAAAUGACAAACCAGGCAGUGAUGCAAAAGGCACUCUGUAUACUAAAGUUAUAUAUCGGCAAUACCUUGAUAAUACAUUUACAAAGCCGAGCCUUCAAGGAGAAUUGGAAGAACAUCUUGGCAUUCUUGGUCCUGUUAUCAGAGCUGAAGUUGAUGAUGUUAUUCAGGUGACAUUUAAAAAUCUAGCAACAAGGCCAUAUUCUAUACACGCCCAUGGCAUUUCUUAUGAAAAGUCAUCAGAAGGACUUGGUUAUAAUGAUGAUACCAAGGACUGGCUAAGGAAGGAUGAUGCUGUGAGUCCAGGUGAAACACAUGUCUAUGUUUGGUAUGCUACAAAGCAAUCUGGGCCAGAGCCAGAGGGAUCAGCCUGCAGGACUUGGGCCUACUAUUCUGGUGUGAACCCGGAAAGAGAUAUUCAUUCUGGCCUCCUUGGUCCAUUGUUGAUCUGUAAAAACGGAACCCUUGAUAAGUAUAGCAACAGGCCGUUUGAUGCACGUGAAUUCAUACUGCUUUUUAUGACGUUUGAGGAAGAUAAAAGUUGGUACUUUGAAAAAAACAUGAAAAAAACAUGUCCAGAAGAGUCUAAGAAAGCAUCAAAUGUAAAGAAAUGCCACACAUUUCAUGCUAUUAAUGGUAUUGUCUAUAAUUUGCAAGGACUACAAAUGUAUGAGAAUGAAUUAGUACAGUGGCAUUUGUUGAAUCUAGGAGGACCGAAGGAUAUACAUGUAGUUCAUUUUCAUGGUCAAACAUUUACAGUAAAAAAUAACAAAGAAACUCAACAUGGAGUCUAUCCCCUUCUUCCUGGUUCCUUUGCAACGGUUGAAAUGAGACCAUCAAAAGCUGGUCUCUGGCUGCUUGAUACUGAAGUCGCUGAAUACCAGGAGGCGGGGAUGCAAGCAAUGUUUCUUAUUGUAGAUCCAGGGUGCAAGUUACCAAUGGGCCUUAUGAGUGGGCUUAUACCAGAUAAUCAGAUAUCCGCGUCCAGUAAUGUAGAUGCUUGGGAGCCCAGAUUAGCCAGGUUACAUAACGGAGGGUCAUAUAAUGCUUGGAGUGCAGAAAUGACUAAAACGGCGCUGCCAUGGAUCCAGGUGGAUUUCGAAAACCAAGUUUUAAUCACAGGAAUUCAAACCCAGGGAGCCAGCAAGUACUUAAAGCAGUAUUACAUCACAGAAUUCUUCAUUGCUUACAGCAAGGACAAGAGGAAAUGGACAGCAUUCAAAGGAAAUAGCACCGUAUUGCAAAAGAUGUUUGAUGGAAACACUGAUUAUACCAAUGUAAAAGAAAACACAUUUGACCCACCAAUUGUGGCCAGAUAUGUAAGGGUUUAUCCAACAAAAUUUUACAAUAGGCCAACCCUUCGUAUGGAGCUUUUGGGCUGCAAGAUGGAAGGAUGUUCAUUGCCUUUGGGCAUGGAAAAUAAUAUAAUUAAGGAUGAACAGAUCACUGCCUCUUCAUACAAGACCUCAAUUUUUUACCCAGCAUGGAAACCAUCCCUAGCUCGUCUAAAUAGAGAAGGGGCAGUGAAUGCCUGGCAAGCAAAGUCAAACAACCAGCAGCAGUGGCUACAGAUUGAUCUUCUUCGGACUAAGAGGAUUUCAGGAAUUGUAACGCAAGGUGCCAAGUCAUUCACAACAGAAAUGUAUGUAAAAACCUAUUCUGUUCAAUACAGUGAAAAUGGUCUGCAAUGGAAAUCGUACACCAGUCAACCAAACUCAAUGGAAAAGGUAUUCAUAGGGAACGUCGACAGCAAAGGACAAGUCAAAAAUACUUUUAACCCCCCAAUAUUUUCCCGUUUCUUAAAGAUUGUUCCAAAAAGCUGGAAUUACAGCAUCACUAUGCGAUUAGAAGUCUUUGGUUGUGACAUAUAAAUAUACAGCGCUUCCAAAUUUCUGUUGCAAAAUGUAGUUAAUAUUUACUUAAUAAAAGAGUAUUUGUGAUACAGCUGCUAUUAUUUCUUAUCCGCUUUGUAUUAAGCAAGAUAUGGUUAUCUUAUAUUAGGUUUAAUUUUAGGGUGUUAUUUAUACUACCACGGUUAUUUUCCACCCAAAUAUUCCUUCUACCUCCUAAAAACCACAUUACUUUAUAUUAAUUCCCAUGUGACUGGCUGUGAAUGAAUAAUUAUUAUGUUUUCCUUUUACUUUAAGUUGUAUGUAUUUUGUAUUAAAAAAUAAAAAUUACAACAUGAGAAAAUAAAUUUUAUUUAAUAAAAGGAAAUUUUUUAUGUA